CCGCAGUUAUCAUUAUUCAUUGUAUUACCGUAGUGGCUAGAGGCCCCAACUGAAAAUGGGGCUCCAUUUGCUAAGUGCUGCACAUGUAUAUAGUAAGAACCGGGCCCUGCCCCAGAGAGUUUAGAACCUAAAUGGACAAGAUGGGAGAAAGGGCUUGGUAUUUGAUAGUGAGGAACUGAGGCCCAGAAAGAUGAAGUGACUUGCCCAAGGACACCUGGGAAGUUGGUGGCAGAGGAAAUUGAUCCCAGCUCUCCAAUCCCAGUGCCUUCACUCCCAUGCAGUGUGGGUGGAGCUUACUGCACUAUUUCCCAGAGUCAGACUGAGAAAUGCCACAGUAAACUCAAACAUGACAAUCUGGAAAGUGCUGGAUUUGUUUUUUGGAGUGCUCUGCACUGUGGCUGAUCUUGCUCCACUGCAAAUAAAAUGCCUCAGCAAGGUGUAGCUAGGAAAAGGUAAAGAUUAGUUUCUCUCUGGUGAAAUAUUCCUAAGUGGUGUUGGGCAACCAAGGCCAAACUGAUGCACAAAAGGGUAGGUGUAAGCGUUCAGUGAGUGAAAAUAACUCCAGAAAGGAAGCCGAAGAGAUGUAGUGGUGUUAGGUAACAGUAGUACCUGUAUUAACGCCUGCACGGCCCUCAAAGCUGCAUUCGUGCUGCCAGGGUGAGAAACACAGAAGCAAGAGAUCUGGGAGGUUGUUCCGUUCAGUUUGUUGUUCUUGAUUGUGCAACUCCCAAUAAGGGUAGGACCUGCUCUGCGGGAAGCUGUGUCAUGUGAUGAGCUGGAGGGGAAUUGUGAAGUGAAUAUGUUUACUUGGGACUGAUUCUGAGUGGUGCUGAGGAUCUUGCAACUUCCAGUUGACUUUAGGGUGUGCUGUGGGUGCCCAGUACCCUCAGGAUCAAGCCCUUUUUUAUUAUGUUUGAUCUUAACAGUCCCUUCUGGUUUUAAAAUCUAUAAAUCUUCCAUUGUGGUAAUGUUAGUCUUUCAGACUGCUUAUGGCCCCGGUCAGACAAACACACCUCCUCCAUCCGUGUCAUCUGAAGGACGCAGGGGAGAAGAUCCUUCCCAGUCUUACUUCUGUACCCUUCGAUUAUGAAAACAAGCAACAUUUUAAAAUCCUGCUUGCUUUUCACCCUUUUACGCUGCUUCCCACACACUCUGGUGUCACUUUGUUCUCUUUGGGCAACGGAUCCGGGCCUGCUCGGUUUCCCAAACUGGUACAGUCCCAUCACUGUGGCGUUGGGGGUCUCAGUGCUGCAUUCGAAGAUUUGAGGGAGGAAUUUUCAAAUGGGCCCUGCACUGGGGCCUAGCUCAGCUCCCACUGAAGUCCAGGGUAAAAUUCCCAUUGAUUGAAAUGGGAGCAGAAUUAGGCCAGUGCAGGGCACAUCUGAAAAUCCCACCACCAAUUUAAAAAACAAAGCCAAAAAACACGUGUUAGUCCAAAUGUCACUGACAGAGUUUUGGUUCAUUUUGGAUGGUGCAAACUGUCCUCUUCCCCUUAACGCAGCUUCUCUUGAGCUUCAGCUGAGUCAACAGUGACUCUUAGGAGCUAGGAGAAAACAUAAAUAGGGGUUUGAUUUGAAAGCAAUGGAGAAAGGGCCAUGUGUGUUUCCCCUUGGAGAUCACUGGCUGCAGCAGGGGCAAACCUAAAAUCCUACGACCAGAUUCUUCUCAUUGGAGCAGGUUUCACAGGCUUGUAACUAUAGUGAGCUGUCUCCUGAUCUAUGCCAGCUAUGGUAGCUCUUCAGACAGGCUCUCCGCUCAGUAACAGGGUUGUUUGUGAUCACAACAAUUCCAGUCACCCCAGCGUCCCUGGGCAGGUCUGCAAACCGUGAGCUGCCGUUUAUUAAACUGCUAAACGCUAUGAAUAGUUUAAGAAUUUCUGCCCUUCUUUGGCCCAGUUCUAACAUCCCUCUGGAGCGAGCACUGUAUAUGUACUAAGCUCUCCUGGGAGGUUUGUCAGGCCAGAGUAAAUCCUUGUGCGGGGAGGGUUUUCCUUGCUAGUCUAAAUCGAAGCCAAAAUGGAGAGUUGGGAUUGGCUGAGCUGUGGGAUUUUUCCAUCUGAAUUUACAUAUCACCCACUUCUCUGCAUGCCUUUCUGUUUACAUCACUUAAGAGCCAGCGAUACACACAGACACGCACACAGAUAGUGGAAGAGACAUUUUGAAAGAGUAAAAGUCUGCCUGGAGCUGGAGCGCUUUGUCCUGGGAGCCACUUGGUGAGCUUUGCUUCUUGCUUCCAGCUCGAAUAGCCCGAGUGAAUUUCGCACAAGAGCAAACUUCCCAUGACUAAUAAAUGCUGGCCUAGAUUAUGAGCUCAAACAAGAGCGCUCGCUACAAUCGCUUCUCCAGUGGCGCAGCAAACAUCACUACGUCUGAGAACACUAACGGAACGAGAAUGGAAACAACUUUUGGGCCUGCCUAUUCCGCUGUGACCACCAUCACGAAAGCUGAUGGGACCAAUACCUUUAAGCAGCACCGUAGGACUCCAUCCUCAUCCAGCACGCUCACCUACUCCCCGCGAGAUGAGGACGAUGGCAUGCCUCCGAUCAGCACCCCACGCCGUUCCGACUCCGCCAUCUCCGUUCGCUCGUUACACUCUGAGUCCAACAUGUCCUUGCGCUCGACGUUCUCGCUCCACGAGGAAGAGGAGGAACCAGAGCCCUUGGUGUUUGCCGAACAGCCAUCAGUGAAACUCUGCUGCCAGUUGUGUUGUAGUGUGUUUAAAGAUCCAGUCAUCACAACCUGUGGGCACACAUUUUGCAGAAGAUGUGCCUUAACAUCUGAGAAGUGCCCAGUGGACAAUGCCAAGCUGACUGUGGUUGUUAACAAUAUUGCUGUGGCCGAGCAGAUAGGGGAGCUGUUCAUUCACUGUAAAUAUGGCUGCCGGCCCGCCGCCAGCAGCAAGCCCGCUGCCUUCGAGGUGGACCCCCACGGAUGCCCCUUUACCAUUAAACUGAGCGCCCGGAAAGAUCACGAAAGCAGCUGUGAUUACAGACCAGUUCGCUGUCCCAAUAACCCCAGCUGCCCACCUCUCUUGAAAAUGAACCUGGAGGCGCAUCUCAAAGAGUGCGAACACAUCAAGUGCCCUCAUUCCAAAUACGGGUGUACGUUCAUAGGAAAUCAAGACACCUACGAGACUCACUUGGAGAUGUGUAAGUUUGAGGGGCUGAAGGAGUUCCUGCAGCAGACAGAUGACCGCUUCCACGAGAUGCAGGUGGCAAUGGCUCAGAAGGACCAAGAAAUCGCCUUCCUGCGCUCAAUGCUGGGCAAGCUCUCAGAGAAGAUUGACCAGUUGGAGAAGAACCUGGAGCUCAAGUUUGAUGUGCUGGAUGAGAACCAAAGCAAGCUGAGCGAGGACCUGAUGGAGUUCCGCAGGGAUGCCUCCAUGCUAAAUGAUGAACUGUCCCACAUCAACGCCCGCCUCAACAUGGGCAUCUUAGGAUCAUACGAUCCUCAGCAGAUCUUCAAAUGCAAGGGGACCUUUGUCGGGCACCAAGGCCCUGUCUGGUGUCUGUGUGUUUACUCCAUAGGAGACUUGCUUUUCAGUGGUUCCUCAGACAAAACCAUUAAGGUGUGGGAUACCUGCACCACAUACAAGUGCCAAAAGACCUUGGAGGGCCACGAUGGAAUUGUCCUAGCUCUCUGCAUUCAGGGGAACAAGCUCUACAGCGGCUCUGCUGACUGCACCAUCAUUGUCUGGGAUAUUCAGACCUUGCAGAAGGUGAACACGAUCCGAGCACAUGACAAUCCUGUUUGCACUUUGGUCUCCUCACACAACAUGCUGUUCAGUGGCUCCCUUAAAGCCAUUAAGGUCUGGGACAUCGUGGGCACCGAACUCAAGCUGAAAAAGGAAUUGACAGGUCUCAAUCACUGGGUGCGAGCACUUGUGGCCUCUCAAAACUAUCUGUACAGUGGGUCUUACCAAACAAUCAAGAUCUGGGACAUCCGGAACCUGGAGUGUGUCCAUGUGCUGCAGACGUCAGGGGGCAGCGUGUACUCCAUCGCCGUGACCAACCAUCACAUUGUGUGCGGCACCUACGAGAACCUCAUCCAUGUCUGGGAUAUCGAGUCUAAGGAGCAGGUGCGCACGCUGACCGGGCAUGUGGGGACGGUGUAUGCCCUGGCCGUCAUCUCCACGCCAGACCAAACCAAAGUCUUCAGCGCAUCGUACGAUCGCUCUCUUAGGGUGUGGAGCAUGGACAACAUGAUUUGCACUCAGACACUGCUGCGGCACCAGGGCAGUGUGACGGCGCUCGCGGUCUCCAGGGGCCGCCUCUUCUCCGGCGCUGUGGACAGCACUGUUAAGGUCUGGACGUGCUAAUGGCAACAGCUGCACGAAUCCUGCACCCCAAGCUACCAAAAUCUCCUUCUCCUCUGCCAGCCUGUUGGAUGACUGACACCACUCUGAAAUAGCUGCUGCUGCCCCUCUGCUCACCAACACCACCUGCUGCCUUCCAUCAGCCACAGCAACUGCGCCCUCAGCAUUGCUAGUCCCUCCGAUCUGCCAUCGCCCAGGGACACCCCAGAAGUCAGCCAUGUCCCAUGUAUUUAAUGGAAGACCUGGCCUGCUGCCAGGGCCGGUGGGUCACUGCUGUUCUCUGUACUGCACACAGCACCGGGCAGGGGUUUGUGAGUGUAGUGUCACCACAGCAGAGCCUGACCCAUGCUGGCUGGGCCGUUCGGGCCAAGCAUGGUGCAGUUGGUGUGCGACGCCAGGCGGCAAUGGGACAGCACAACUCAGCUGGUCACAGCGGAGCCUGUCAAGGAAGCAAAGAACCAGGAGCGAGGUCACUUUGCAAACAGAAUGGAGCUUCAGCCUUGUCCUCUGCUCGGGUUCGCACGGGCCCCUCUCUGUCUCUCUCGUAUUUAAUUUGACUGCCCAGACGAUAGCAUGCUGUUGUUUGGCCUUUGAGGAGGAAUCUUCCUUGUGUAGCCAGGUACGAUUUUUACACCACAAGCUAGUUCUCUGAUCAAGUAACACAAGCGCAUUGGUUCACCCUCCCUGUAAUUACAGUCUCCACAUUAAAGAGAAAAAGCCUCUGUUGCAUUUUUACUCACAUUUUCUACGGUUUUUAAGAUUGUAAUAUAAUUGGAUUAUUUCUUCAUUGACAAUAAAAGUGGAAAGUUGUUCCA